GUUCCGGAGCGACUGGAGCUGGAACCUCGGCGACGUUGGGAGGCAGUGACAUCUGGGAGGCGAACAGCAGAGGAAAACAGCACGAGAGAUCUAGAAAGAAGAAGCGAUCCCCCUUGUAAGGACCACAGUGACAAGAGGGAUUGUGAUGUACUGACGUUCCCAAUAUGGGCAGACGCCACCCUGGAGAAUUGUAUCCCUCUGAUAACUCAGAUUUGUAAUACCUGCCAACCUCUAGAGCUUUGGCCCGCUGACGUCUCCUCCGGUGGUUCAUGUCUGAAGUGCUUCCAGUUGACUCCUCCUCCAUCAUGAUGUCAGUGUGCGUACCACAGUCCCACAGCAGCUCCCCCGGACCGGACGUAGCCAAUCGCAGCAGUCCCUUGCCCACCCCGCCCACUUCCCUCAGCCUCCGCUCCUCCCACAACCAACUGCUCAACUGCGAUGUUAUCAAACAAGGUUCCCCUGAGCUGCGGGGCUCAGCCACCCCUCCCAAGUGUCGCAAGAAAUACGCCUUGACCAACAUCCAGAGCGCCAUGGGGCUGGGCGAACCACUGCUGCCGCCCGCCAGUGCCCCCUCUUCCACCACCACCACCUCCACCUCCUCCUCCAACCCCAAACUGGCCAAGAACGGUGCCAACCAGCUCCGCAAGGAGGCGGAGCAGAACGACCUCAACAAAAACGUGACGGCCGUCGACUCUGUUGAAGGCGUCGAGGACGAGAGCGACGGGUGCAACAACGUCCCCGAGAAACAGGAGGGGAAGGAGACCCAGGACGCUCCCCCCAGGAGCAAGAGCCUUCUGGACUACUUCGGCCCUGACCCCCCCGACCCUCCUAAAGAAGACGACCCGAGCUUGCCGCUGUUGGCCGGGGACGAGGCGCACCACCCGCCCCCGACUCCACCCAAACAGCCCAGCCCCGGGUAUGCCCCCCCUCUGUCUGCCGCGUCCUCCUCCUCCAGCCCCGAGACCAAGAAGGACCGGCCCAGGAACGGGGCUAAAACGGACUGCGCCCUCAACCGAAUCCAGAGCCUGGCCCCCAGCGACGAGGACUCGAGCUGGACCACCCUGUCCCAGGACAGCGCCUCCCCUGUGUCCCCAGAGGAAGCAGACGUAUGGAGCGACCAGUCCUUCCAGACGGACCCAGAGCUGCCUCCGGGGUGGAAGAAGAUCGCGGACAUGGCGGGCGUAUAUUACUGGCACAUUCCCACCGGCACCACGCAGUGGGAACGCCCGACUGCUCGGCCCGGUACGGCGACGGCGACUGUGACCGCGCCCGCUCCCGUCGAGUCUGAAGCCGAGCCCACGCCCUCCUCCCCUCCGGAGGCCCGCAAAGCCUCUCUGGGGUCCCUCGACUCGCCCACCACCCCUGAUAAAGAACAGCAUGCUGAGGUGUUUUUCGGGGCUCAGCGCUCAGGCAGCACCACCUCGGACAGCUCAGUGGAGCCGGUGCCCCCGUCUUCCUCCUCUGACAUCUCCGUGCCCUCCUGCGGGUUCGUCAACAGCUGCUACUUCCCCCGCUCAGCGUCAUCACAGAUCAUGGCAGAGCAAGAGAGUCUCCCAGAGUUCCUGCAAGAGGAAGACGACAAGAAACAGCCAUGGAGUGAUUUUGCUCUUCUCAGUGGGGGAAAGAUUGAUAGUGAGAUUUGGAAGGACCUGCAGGCAGCCACGGUCAACCCUGACCCCAGCCUGAAAGAGUUUGAGGGCGCUACGCUGCGCUACGCCUCGCUCAAGCUGAGACACCAACCGCAUUCGGAUGAAGAGGACACACGCAGCGUCAACAGCGACCCCGAGUCCAAGUGUUUCGCGGUGCGCUCUCUGGGCUGGGUGGAGAUGGCGGAGGAGGACCUGGCGCCCGGGAAGAGCAGCGUGGCCGUCAACAACUGCAUCCGCCAACUCUCCUACUGCAAGAACGACAUCAGGGACACCGUGGGCAUCUGGGGAGAGGGGAAGGACAUGUACCUGAUCUUGGAGAACAACAUGCUGAACCUGGUCGACCCCAUGGACCGCAGCGUGCUCCACUCCCAGCCAAUCGUCAGCAUUCGUGUCUGGGGCGUUGGCCGCGACAACGGCAGGGAUUUUGCCUAUGUAGCGAGAGACAAAGACACCCGGAUACUAAAAUGUCAUGUGUUCCGAUGUGACACCCCUGCAAAAGCCAUCGCCACAAGUCUUCACGAAAUCUGUUCCAAGAUUAUGGCCGAACGCAAGAAUGCCAAAGCUGUAGCCGGCAGCUCUCUGCAGGCGGGCUCCGACGUCCCGCUACAGGAGUUUCCCACACCAAAGACAGAGCUGGUGCAGAAGUUCCAUGUUCUGUACCUGGGGAUGAUGCCUGUGGCCAGACCCAUAGGAAUGGACAUUCUCAACGGAGCCAUAGACAGCGUAAUCUCCUCCUCCGAGAAGGACGACUGGACACCCGUCAUGCUCAACGUGGCUGACGCCACCGUCACCGUCAUCAAAGACAAGCAGGAGGACGAGGAGGUGCUGAUGGAGUGCCGGGUGCGUUUCCUGUCCUUCAUGGGCGUCGGCCGGGAUGUGCACACCUUCGCCUUCGUCAUGGACUCUGGGAACCAGCACUUUGAGUGCCAUGUCUUCUGGUGCGAGCCCAACGCAGGGAGCGUUUCUGAGGCCGUGCAGGCCGCGUGCAUGUUGCGAUACCAGAAGUGUCUGGUGGCCCGACCCCCUUCCCAGAAAGCCUGCUCAUCCACCCCGCCCCCGGACUCUGUGACUCGAAGGGUGACCACCAGUGUGAAGCGGGGUGUUCAGUCCCUCAUUGACACUUUGAAACAGAAAAGGCCGGUGGGCGAACUGCCCCAGUAGUGAUCGUUAGCGGAGCGCAAAUUCAGUAAUAAGAAUAAUAACAAUAAUAAUAACAAUGUACAUGCCUUGCAUUACACUACAGCGCAACCGGGGUGGGAGGGGAGGGGAAACGGCGACGAGCAAAACAAGUACAAAGAAUCCCGCGAAACUACUGCGAAACGCGCGGCAGGCCAAUGGAGCGACGGCGAGGGACCCCCGGACGAGCCCCCUCACGCCCCACGCGCUGUCCCUGCCUCACACGCUUUCCCCCGUCCCCGCGUGCGGCCCACACAGCAUGCCCGGCCACGCCCGCCCCCGCCCAGCCACGCCCAGCAUCCACCGUGUGUCAAACCCAGGAAGUGCAUGACGAGGUUUUUUUUUCCCCGUUUUUUUUUUUUAAUGAUUUCGUUUCCACAGCGACGGAUUUGCAGCUUCACAGCCAAAAGAAGCACGAGCGGCCCACUUUUGUUUUUAUUUUAUUGAAUUUUUUUAUAAAUGUGCUUUGAUGUCAGCUUUUGUGUUUCUGAUCCGGAGCACAGUCAACACAGUCAUCCCUUGUGCCAUAUUGGUGUUUGUCUAAAAACCAACUGUGCUCUGGAGUGUGUUCCGCGCUUCUCAUCUCUUUGCCUUUAUUAGCGCUGAAAUAGACAGUCAAGAGCCAUAUCCGAGAGAGCUAAACCAACCGAAGCCAUUCUUCCACAGUAACGCUGGGAGCAGAACCCCCCCCCCCCCCCAAUACCCCAACUUUGCCCCCGCUUCUUUUUAAGUCCCCGAAACACAGACGACACUCCUCGUAAGGCGGAGGCGCUGUUCUGUUUCUCCUUUUAAUUUUUUACGGAAACCACCCCAUCCUCACAGCACAAAGAGGCCCCGUGCUCAGGUGUGAGAAAACGGAGCCACCUCACCCCGAAAAACCCCACGGCACCACGUUUCAGGAAGCCAGGACACAGAACCUGCCGGAAGAGGAAGGUUCAAAGAUAAAAAAAGAAUGUGAUUCGUUUCAAUUUCUGGUCAUUUUUUAGUGUUUUUUUUCAUUUUUUUCAUUUUAUUUAAUCUCACCGCUGCAGCUUCAAACUCAGACUCGAUGAUUAGAAUUUUGGUCGGACGACGUGCUCUUUGGAACAAUCUUGGUAAUGUGACAGCAGUGUGUCUUUGUGAAUUUUGUGGAGGGGAAGGGGGGGUGUGGACAGAAAGUGGGGUGUCAGCUCUUCAUGGAGAAUGUUCAACCCUAAAGUGACCUGCGCUGGAUUUACAUCAAAGCAAAGAAACGUAAAAGUACCAAUAACAAGAGCCCCGAGGUUUGUCUCUUGCUCCCUGUGCAUGUUGGACAGUACUGCCAUCUUGUCUCUCAUAAAUGCCCUUGCACUCUCUCCGAUUCUUGUCGUUGAACCAGCAGUGAUUUUUUUACAGGAAGUUGAAGGGUGUAACAGUGGGAGUAAGCCACGUGUACAGAUCUAUAUAUAAAAUUUUGCAUACAUUUAUCACUUUAUAAGCCAUUUUUAUUUUCUCUUAUUUCUCUUGUCUUGAAAGCCUUGAAAGAUAUUUGUUGAAACACUUUCUUCUGGCCAAAGUGUAAAGUAUCGAUGUACGUGUUGUGGAUGAUCAGAAAUGAAAAACAAAAAAAACAAAAAAAACGAUAAGACCCAUAUUGUUCAGAUUUUAUUUUUACUGUGGUUAGGCCAAUUAGCUGUAAUGUAUCUAGAUGUUAAUGAAACGUUAUCUAUGCAUUCUGUCUAUCUAGUGGAUCUCAGAGGCAUACAGCGAAAAGUCACUUGCCUUGCAUGUCCCGUGAUUUAUUAAAAAAUUAUGGAAAUCAGAGAAAAAAAAUGAAAGGAUUUUUACGUUUUUAUUUAUUAUGUUUUUUAUGACAGUAUAUUGGUUUUAUUAUGUUGGACAACUAUUAUCUGUUUGCCCGUGAGAUCAGUCUCACUCACAACGUAGCCAGCACUAACGAGUUAUGUGAAGUCUCCAAAUGUGCAGUCCAUGUGUAAACACAGAAUCACCAGGACGAUAGACAAGCGAUUGGAUCUGGAACCAGCCAGGCUAUGCCCACCUGUAGGGGGUGCCACAGGUGUGUCACUUGAAAGCAGUCAGCAUAGCACCACAGUCUGUGAAUAACCAGGCUUUUAAAGUAAUAUAUUUGCAAAUUGUUGUAUUAACGGUAUAGCAUAAUGCUGAAACGUCACGUCAAAAGGCUAUUGUGAGAGUAGCUCCAAAAUCAUGUACCUCCAUGUCAUUCCUUUGGGCCACCCACAAGGGUGCAGUCCACAAAAAACCUUUUUCUAAUGUGUAUUUUCAACUAAUAUUCUAUCCAUAAUUUCUGGAUUCAUACAGUACACACUUGCAUUGCUAACUUAAACCCUGAAUUUGUUACCUCAAAUGACUAAAUCAGGAGUCUCAGUUUAUAUUGUUCAUAUAAUUCAAGGGUAUGAAUUAAUGAAUUGAAUUGGUAAAUUGAGAGUUCAAACUAAUGAAUGGUUUAAAGUAGUAAUAUUAGGGUUCAGAUUAUGGGGUUGAGUUUUCUUAUUCAAUUGAGGAUUCAGAUCUGUAAUUUGACAGUACUGGUGUAUCUAUUAGUGUAUGUAGAGAAUUUUAAUGAUUAAUUUGAAGGCACCAAGUACCAAUGUGCCUGUUUGUAAAUCAAGGGUUCUAAAUUGUAGUUUGUGGGUAUCAAUUAAAGGAUGUUGUAUUUUUUUUUAAGAAUGUUCUCUUUAGGCCUUCUUACAUUCCUGAGGGCUCCUCAUAUUAUUAAUUAUUUUUAAUAUUUUAGAUAAAAAUUUUAUCUUGUACUGAGGCCCAAAAAUUUUUUUUCACCUUGUACGGUCGUCUAGGAUUCAUGACUUCGCUCUUGUCUUGUACACAUGACCGCAUUCUUAUCUGAUGUAAAGGAAGUUUAAUGAAGUGGGAUGUCCUUUAGAAUCAUGUUUGACAUGUACAGCACACUUCUCCUUGGAGUCAGUAAAAUUAGCCAAAUCACCUUGUGUUAUUCAGUUCAGUGUUGGAUUGAUAUGUCAGGGUUUUUGUUUUCUGGAAAAGAAUCAGAGAUUUCCCCUAACCCAGCAGAUUUGAUUAAAUCCAGAGGUCACUGUCAGAAGGCAGCAGUCAUUCUGUUCUUUGAAGACCAGCUUCAGAAAAUUGCUUCAGUCGUUAAUAGAAUGUAUUUUGGUUUGGCUUUUUUUUAAAUUACUGAAUCCCUGGAAGUUCUUAAUGAAUUUCAUUGGCGUCCCAAAAGCAAGAUGUCUUACAGCAUAAGCCUGGAAAAUGGAAAAGAUGGUUUCCUCUGCUCUUCACAAAAUUUGACACCAUAUAAAUGUAAUCUGUUGUGAGAAUAAAGUGAAUAUUAAAACAA